AUGUCAAUGGCAGAGACUCCGACUAGUCGCACUUCAAGGCGAACUUGUUAUCUACCGCACCACGGCGUGUUGCGGGCAGAAAGCUCAUCCACCAAACUAAGAGUCGUAUUCAACGGCUCGUCAACUAUUGCCUCUGGUCAGUCGUUGAACGAUCACCUCUAUCCAGGACCGAAUUUACUGCCUUCGCUGGCUGACGUCCUUCUCCGAUGGCGUCUGCACAAGUACGUCCUUGCCGCAGACGUUGAGAAGAUGUUCCGACAGAUUCAAGUCCACCCGGAGGAUCGCGAUCUGCAACGUAUCUUGUGGUGUCAUGAUGAGGCCGAUGAAAUUAGGGAUUAUCAGCUCAAUACAGUUACUUACGGUUUGGCGUGCGCCCCUUUCCUAGCUAUGCGAACGUUGCGGCAGCUGGCCGACGACGAGGAGAAUCAUCAACCAUUGGGAGCUGCCAUCUUGCGCCGAGAUGUCUACAUGGAUGACAUCCUCACUGGCGCCGCCAACUACCAGGAGGCGAAAGAGAUCCAGCGGCAGCUUUCACUUCUCUGCUCGGCGGGCGGGUUCCCUCUCAAGAAGUGGUCAGCCAACAACAUCUACCUGCUGGAGGACGUCCCAAAGGAGGAUAGGCUGCAGAGAGACUCCCUCUCCUGGCUUCUUCCAGAGAGCCAUUCGACGCUCGGGUUGCGGUGGCACCCUUCUCGCGACCACUUUUCAGUCGUUUGCAGGGCUGUUUCGGACUCGACUCCUACCAAGCGAUCUGUCUUGUCUCAAGCAGCUCAACUGUUCGAUCCGCUUGGAUGGCUAGCGCCGGUGGUCAUCCGGGCGAAGAUCCUCAUUCAGACCACGUGGCUUCAAGGACUCGAGUAG